GAUUUAGGUUUUCUCAACAAAACUUUGUUCAGUCUCCAAAUUCAAUCUUCUUCACUUUCUUCAAGAUUACGCUUCUUUCACUUCUGUUAAAAACGAUGAAGAAAACGGGAAUGACUUGCAGAUGGAUAGCUUCUGAUGCAGUUUUCAACAAAUUAUCGAUCAAAUUCAACGUUCUCGUUGUUGCAACGAUGAUUCUGCUGAGGAUGACAUCGAGAGAAUCAAUCAAAUUCGAAAACUUUGAGAUAUGGAAAGUAACUUUUCGUGAGGCGAUGGGGCUUUUGACUCUGAUGAUGGCUUCUCUUUAUUACUCGGGAAGUUUUCGCUGGAUUUUAACUGACUUGCUUAAGUUUAACGAUCCAUUGGUAAGGAUUGACAAAGAGUUGGCUAUGUUAUAUGGUUUCUUGACUUUGGCCUUUUACCUCAUGAACUUGUUCGGAUUCUUCUGGGGACUUUUAUGGCUACCAGUUUCUCCUCCGAGUCUUCUUUUGGUUCUUCGAUUCGCCAAGUCCAGAAACGUUAAAGAAUUUCAAGAUUAGGUUGCUUGGAGAUGAAGAUUCCAAUCUAAUUCAACACAUGGAUCAUAUAUGGGGUUUAGGGUUGAAUCGUUUGGUGGUGAUUUUUAGGUUUUUCUCUCAGAUGUUGUAAUUACUGCUAUGAAUAAUCUCAAGAUUAGAUU